AUGAUACACCAACGCACAAAGACAGGUGAAAAAUCGCACGAGUGCGAUAUAUGUGACAAAUCUUUCACUAAUAUUAGCGAUUUAAGGACACAUUGGCGCACACACACUGGUGAAAAACCAUAUGCAUGUGAUGUAUGCGACAAAACUUUCACUUAUAAUAGUAAUUUGACUACACAUCGGCGCACUCACACUGGCGAAAAACCGUACGCGUGCGAUGUAUGUGACAAGACGUUCAGUGAUAGUAGCAAUUUGAGGACACAUCGGCACGCACACACUGGUGAAAAACCGUACGCGUGCAGUGUAUGCGAUAAAACGUUUAGUAAUAGUAGCAAUUUGACGUUACACAAGCGGAAGCACAUGGCACAUUCGCUGGAUUUAUCAAAGACUUAUGAUCCAAAGGACAUGUUAAAAUAG